CUAACUCUUGCCAAUCAUCGUCGUCUUUGUUCCCCCAUUGAUAGAGAGAUUAGAUUCGAGAGAGAAAGAAGAAGAAGAGGAGGAUGAGUUUCCAAGAUCUCGAAGCUGGCUCUCGAUUCCAAACGCCGAAUCGUGGGAGGCAGCAGAAACCUCUGUCUCGUGGGGAUCCGUCUCAGGAGGUAGCCGCCGGGAUCUUCAGGAUCAGCACGGCCGUCAACUCCUUCUUCCGCCUCGUUAAUUCGAUCGGAACGCCUAAGGAUACUCUUGAAUUGCGAGAGAAGCUACAAAAAACAAGGUUACAGAUAUCAGAACUGGUGAAGAAUACGUCAGCUAAACUUAAAGAAGCUAGCGAAGCCGACCUCCAUGGAGCAGCUACUCCAAUUAAGAAGAUUGCGGAUGCUAAGCUGGCCAAAGAUUUUCAAUCAGUUCUCAAAGAGUUUCAGAAAGCUCAGAGGCUUGCAGCUGAAAGAGAAAUAACUUAUACACCUGUCGUAACACAAGAUAUACCUGCCAGUUACGAUGCACAGGAACUGGAUAUUGAAUCUUUAAGGACCUCCCAGGAGCAAACUCUUCUUCUACAAUCAAAAAGGCAAGAAGUGGUGUUUUUAGAUAACGAGAUAACAUUCAAUGAAGCAAUUAUUGAGGAAAGAGAGCACGGAAUCAGAGAAAUUCAAGAACAGAUUGGUGAAGUGAAUGAAAUCUUCAAUGAUCUAGCUGUUUUAGUGAACGAUCAAGGAGUUAUGAUCGAUGACAUCAGCUCCAACAUUGAUAACUCACAUGCUGCAACCUCGCAAGCCACUGCACAACUCAGAAAAGCAUCUAAAACUCAAAGAGCAAACUCAUCCUUGACAUGCCUUCUUAUUCUCAUAUUUGGGAUUGUUAUACUCAUUGUCAUCAUCGUUGUCCUGGUCUGAGCACCAAGCUCCAAGCAUCAACCGAAGAAGAGUCGAGGAAACUAUACAAAUUACCCAUUGAAGAUAUAUACUUAUUGGUACAGAUUCUUUUCCUUCCCAUGCAAUCGAACUGAACCUUGACUUCUCAUCGUGUGAAUGUUUUAUAUAUUAAUCCAUCUUAAUGAUCUUUAUAGCAAAA